UGGUGUGGAUGUUAUUGGGAUAGGGUUUGGUGGAGGAAAACCAUAAAAAAUGGAGGGAGUUCGAAAUGGGAGGAGCCGAGGACAGGCGAACUCAUUUGGGGUUUUUUGUCCUUUUAACCGGAUACUUUCAAUUGACAGCCAAAUGCCCGUUAACGUUACAUUCUAUUCGCGUAAUCGACGUGGCCAUUUCGGCUUCAGUCCAGGCAUCAUCAGAAAGGCACCGUUCGGGCAGUUGGAGAAUGUGACACGCGUCUUCUACGUCGUGUAAAGGAUUGAAGCAUGCGAGGGACGCUUCACACCGUUAGUGACCCGUUCUCUCCCUCGAGUGUAAGUGACUCGUUCUCUUCUCCCUCUCUCUCCUCCAUCCACCCGGCGGUGGAUUAAUAUCCAUUACCGCCGGCAAUAAGCAACCAUUACCGGCGUUAAUGGAUGUUACGUCGCCGCCGGGUGAAUGGGGGAGAGAGAGAGGGAGAAGCAAGUCCGCCACUCGUCUACUCCCCGCAGAUCCAAUGGCUUCUCUGUGCUGGUCACUGGGGCCGCUGGCUUCGUGGGUACCCACUGCUCACUAGCUAUGAAGAAGCGAGGCGAUGGAAAUCGCUCACACUUACAACUACAUCUACGGUCUCCCAAUUACAGGACUCCGCUUCUUCAUCGUCUAUGGCCCGUGGGGACGACUCGACAUGGCUUACAUCGACGACGUCGUGAAGGGAUACCUUGGCGCGCUGAACACGGCAGAGAAGAGCACGGGAACCGGGGGGAAGAAGCGAGGACACGGCGGAGAAGAGCACGUGAAGGAAUGCCUUGAGCUAAACUUAAAAUAUACAACUUUUACCAUCCCUUCCCUUUUUCAGUUUUUCGGAUCUUGCACAGGAGCUUAUCGAACAUAAAAGAUUCUUUGGAUGAGAUCAAAGUAUUCGUGACAAAAAAAAACCUAGAAAAUAGAGCAAAAGAAUUUCCGAAUUUUUGUUCCUGUGUUCGAUUUAAAAUCUAAGCUAGAAGUUCGAUUCUUGAAGAUUUUGGUCACUUCUGAUUUUAAAUAGAGAUCUAGAAAGAUUGAAAUCCUUGCCGUUGUCACAGGAAAAUUUGGAUUAACACUCCGGGAAAUAGACGUCGGCAAUUGGGCUGCAGAAAAUAGGGAUUUUGAUCUUCCAUCACAAGCAGAAAAAAAAAAAUAAAUAAAGAAGCUUAGAGAUCAAAGUUUAUCAGUGGUUGAAGCGGGUGAGUUGCAGAGAUGGGAUCAUUCAAGGGUCAUGUUCUGCCAGGGACGUUGUUUCUUCUGGUUGGGGUCUGGCACAUACGGAGCUCGAUGGUGAGGUACAUGAAGAACCCUAAAGGGUUCAGAGUUAGGGUUUGGAACCCUGUACCGGGAUUCGACGGGAGGUUCAAGUACACGGAGCUUUAUGUGGUUGCAAUCGGAGCUUUCGUCGACAUGUGCAUCGAGCUCCUGUACUCGACCCACCUCAACUCCUCAACUUCUUCGUUUAUGGUGUCCUGAAUCCUCAAGUUCUUCGAGCACUCUGGGAUGCUUCUAAUGUUCUUCAUCUUUGGCGUCGUCGCUCUGCUUUCCGAAAAGACCAGGUCAGUCCCUCCUAACCUCGUUAUUCGAGUAACUAACGGCGUGAAGCAUCCCUCACAACUCCCACCAUAGGGACUGUAUAAGGAUGAGCCUGCUUAAUUUUAAACGAACAAAUAUGCUUUUCAAGUUUUAAGGCAUCAAACUGAAAGCGACCAAUCUCAAUCCGCCUCUCUUGGAGAUGGCACAAAUGCACAAUAACCCAGUAGGCCAGUACCCAGUACCCACGGCCUAAUUGUAUUUUACCCUUUAAUAAAGGGUAAACUUGGAAAAAAUGGAAAAAGGUAAAAAACACCCCAAAGGCCAAAAGUUUAGGGCUUCUUCGAUCAAAUCCAAACAGAGGGACCGAACUCAGAGGUGUUCUCUCUGUUUGUAAGACUGUAACUUCAUUCUUCGAUCAAGAUAUUCAACAAGAGGAAA